CCAAAUGGCACAAUGGCUGAUGGAUUCACUUCACAUGUGUUCCAGUACCGGUACGCAUGUUGGCUUUUGUAGGUUAAAUUAUCGUUUCUUAUAUAUUCGUCUAAUCGAGCGUUAUUUUCAAUUAGUAUUGCGACUGAUUGCGACCUAAUUGUACAUAUAAUCGCAAUAUGGUCGUCUUUACUUGCAACCAUUGCGGUGAGCCGGUGAAAAAGCCGAAAGUGGCUGUACAUUAUCAACAGAUGUGCCGGAAUGCACCCUUCUUAACCUGCGUGGACUGCCUGAAGGAUUUUCGAGGUGACGAGUACGUUGCGCACAAUAAAUGCAUAACCGAAGCUGAGAGGUAUGGCGCAAAGGAUUACGUUCCAAAGCCCGGCGCAAAUAAGGGUGAGCGCAAGCAGCAAGAGUGGAUUAACGUUGUUAACGAUCUGCUGAACGGGACGGUGGAUCUGUCCAGCGUGGAGCGGAACUUUCUGAAUUCCUUGUCGAGAUAUGAGAAUAUACCGAGAAAGAAGACUAAAUUUCUUAACUUUGUGCGCAACGCGAUAGGCAAUCGUGUAAAUGCGACGGUUGUGGAGAGUGUUUGGAACAAAAUGGAGAAUGCGCACAAGCAGAGUCAACAAGUGGCUGUAAAGACUCCGGAGAAAGAUGCUGCACAAAAUCAGGAGCAGAAUAAAGAUGAGACAUGUGCCCGAAAUAUGGAUUCUAAUAACUUGCUUGAUAACCAAGAUAUCGCUGAGAAUCAAAAUAAUGAAAAUAUAUGCAAAGAAAAUAAUUCUGCGAGUCAUCAAAAUGGAAGUGACGAGGCGUGCGAGAUGGCCAAUGGUCACUUACACAAAAGGGAAAGUAAAUCUAAAAAACGGCAAUUGGAACCGACUAGUGUUCAGUUACCAGAGGAAGAUCAAACAGCUGCAAAGAUUAGAAAACAGUCUAAUUCAGAUACAAGUGAUAAUGGAAGCGACGUUGCUACGUUCCAUUGGAAGAAGACCAUCUUAGAGAUUUUAAAAGCUAAGGGUGAAAUGCCUUUAAGAAAACUACGAAAUAAGGUUAUGAAAAAAUGUAUAUAUUACGUUUUUAGCUUGAAUGACAAUACCUUCAAAUUGACGGAAUAUGAAAAAGCUGUUGCAAAGUUUAACAAAACGGUAGAAAAGUUAAAAAAAUCAUCUGUAAUAUCUAUUUUAGAAAAUAAAGUAAAAUUACUUUAAUCAAAUCUGUACAUCAUUUUUAUAACAAAAAGUUUUAUACAAAACAAAGAAACUACAUGUUAAAUAUUAGAUGAACAUAAAAUAAUUUACUUAAUUAUAGCAUUUUUAUAUUGCGAAAUAUAAUUUGAUUUUUUACUUGAUGAAUUUUCGUCCUUGAAUUAUUUAUAAUUAUGUGUAGAAGGUAAAAGUUUGUAAUAAAUCUACUGUUAUUUCAUUUAUUAUAUUAAAAAA